UUAUGGGAGGGUUUAAAGAUGACUGGAAGCCAUCUUACACACUCGCUUUACACCCCGAAAUAUAUGUCACAACUCUACACAUAUAAUUCACAAACACCAACACACAGAAAGAUUUUCUCAGCCACAUCUGGUCGAAAACCUUUGAAAUCAUUGAUGUUGAAUAAUUGGAGAGAAAGGAAUGAACCAAAUUGAAAAGACUAACACUGGCUCCCUGGCCCCUGGUCUGUGAAACUUUCCUUUUGCAGAGGAAUGAUUUACUCAUUCACGAAAGGAUAAUUGAAGCUAAUCUUCCUGCUUCGAUAUCUGUGACCUGUUGCUUGAGAGACACUGACAUUUGAGAUGUUUCACAAGAGACUUGCAAUUUGAGGAACAAGGAACUGGUGAAAAAUACCGCUUUAAAUUUUUGUGCGCUUUGGACACUGAGAUAGCUGUGGGAAGGACAACUUGCAAUCUUUUUAUUUUUACUUUUUGCAGGCCCAUUAAUAUAAAGUAUUAUCUCCACUGUUGUUUGUCACUCACUGUUUGAAAGAGAAAACUAUUUAAGUCAUGAGUACAGCCAGAAUGGAGAAUCCAGUGAUUCUAGGACUAUCGAAUCAAAAUGGCCAAAUGCGAGGCUCGGUGAAGCCAGCAGGUGGUCCAGGAGGAGGUGGAGGGGUGUCCCAAACAACACAGCCAGCCCAGGUCAAACCCUCCAGCACAGUCAACAACGGCAACUCCCAGCCUGCACCUACAGCCAACACUAUCAUCAAGCCUGGGGAUGACUGGAAGAAGAAUCUAAAACUUCCUCCGAAGGAUUUGCGCAUGAGGACUUCAGAUGUGACGGCGACCAAGGGAAAUGAGUUUGAGGAUUACUGCCUGAAACGGGAACUGCUUAUGGGCAUCUUUGAAAUGGGCUGGGAGAAACCGUCACCUAUACAGGAGGAGAGCAUUCCCAUUGCGUUGUCUGGGAGGGACAUUCUGGCCAGAGCCAAGAAUGGCACGGGAAAAAGUGGCGCCUACCUCAUUCCCUUACUUGAACGCAUUGACCUGAAGAAAGACAGCAUACAAGCGUUGGUUAUUGUGCCCACUAGAGAACUGGCUCUACAAGUGAGCCAAAUAUGCAUUCAGGUCAGCAAACACAUGGGUGGGGUCAAGGUCAUGGCAACUACUGGUGGAACCAACCUCCGUGAUGACAUCAUGAGACUUGACGAAACGGUGCAUGUUGUCAUUGCCACUCCAGGAAGAAUUUUGGACCUCAUCAAAAAGGGAGUGGCCAAAGUCAAUCAAGUACAGAUGAUCGUGUUGGAUGAGGCAGAUAAGCUCUUGUCACAGGACUUUGUACAGAUGAUGGAGGAGAUUCUGAGCUAUAUGGCCAAACAAAGGCAAAUUUUGCUGUACUCUGCCACCUUCCCACUGAGUGUGCAGAAGUUUAUGAACUCCCAUCUGCAGAAGCCCUAUGAGAUAAACCUGAUGGAGGAGCUGACCCUGAAGGGGGUUACCCAAUAUUACGCCUAUGUAACUGAAAGGCAGAAAGUCCAUUGCCUUAAUACUCUGUUCUCCAGGCUCCAGAUCAAUCAGUCUAUAAUCUUCUGCAAUUCAUCACAGCGAGUGGAACUCCUGGCAAAGAAGAUCUCUCAGCUUGGAUACUCCUGUUUCUACAUUCACGCCAAGAUGAGACAGGAACACCGAAACCGUGUGUUCCAUGAUUUCAGAAAUGGCUUAUGUCGAAAUCUCGUCUGCACUGAUCUCUUCACAAGAGGAAUUGAUAUACAAGCUGUGAAUGUGGUGAUCAACUUUGAUUUCCCCAAACUUGGGGAGACGUACCUCCAUCGCAUUGGCAGAUCUGGCCGGUUUGGUCACUUGGGUCUCGCCAUCAACUUGAUCACGUAUGAUGACCGCUUUAACCUGAAAGGUAUUGAAGAACAGCUGGGUACUGAAAUCAAGCCCAUUCCCAGCAGUAUUGAUAAGAGUCUAUAUGUGGCGGAGUACCACAGUGAGAGUGGAGAGGAGGUUAAACUGUGAGCAGGAGAGAUCACCAAUCCUUUGUCCCCUUUCCCCACCUUUUUUCCUUCCCUAUUGUGUCUAGGGAAUGGGAGGAUUUUUUUGUUUAAACUAUGUUCCGUCUGUCUUCCUCUCCCCCCCCCCCACUUUAUUUUCUUGCUUGUUUGGUGCCACCACAAGGAAUGUGAUGUUGUGACGACCCAAUAAUCGGGACGGACUUAUGGCCUCAUAAAAGACUGCUUCACCGAUAUUUUCAUCCUGAAGACUUCAAAUCAUUUGAGGAGGGAAAGAGGGGACAUGAGGAUUUAUCACCCAAGAAAAAGACUACUCAUCGCCUGCAAGCACAUUCUCACCCCACUCUCUCUCUCUGUUCCUCUGCUCAUCUUCAUGUUUCUAGUCAUUUGAAACAAGUGCCUUAAGCAGUCUAACUUGUUCAAAAAGUAAUAACCUGAUUUUUUUUUUUUUUUUUUCCGCUCUUAACUCAUUUGAAGAUGUGGUCUUGAUCUUUCUCUGGCCCUCCCGUUUGACAGAAUAAUUUUGCAUUUGCCACCUGUAGAUUUGAGGCGACGAAGAACAGGAUUUCACAGCGGGAGAGUGGAUGGGGUGGCAUGUGCGAUUUGUGCAGUCUCUGGCAUACUUGACUGUCAUGUGAAGAGAAGCCCCCUGGAGAACUGAGAUGAUAUCAGUGGGCGUAAAGACAAUGAUGGGGCUAAUGUUCCUAUGGCAAGCUUUCAAAAGUCAAACAAGGCUCCCAGUGGCGCUUUCCUUCAUCUGCUCAUGGAACAUACCAUUCCUCUAGAGACCCAUAACUCUUUCCCUCUCUGUCUUCAGUGGGCCAACACUAAGAGACUUGACUAGACUCAGACCAGCCUUUCUCCUUGGCCAUGAGGACUCCUGCUUUGAGACGAAUGUGGACUUGUUUGUCUUUUCGUUUUUUUUUUUUGUUUUUUUUCUUCCCUUCCCCAUUCCACCUGAUUUAUGUGCAGUUUUGCAUUGUUAUUGGGUAGGCACUCUGUCCUAAAUGUGCCAUUUAUACAGAUCUGGCACGUUGUAAACAUUUUUGUAAAUACUUUUUUUUUCUUUUUCUUUUUUUUUAUGGAUUGUUUUAAAACAAGCAAAAAAGGCUGGAUGACCAUUUGAAGAGUGUCAAAAAAUAUUUAGAAAAUCAGGAUUUUGUCAGCACUGGGCAGCACUUAACUAGUUUAUGCUCUUUUUGCCCAAUGGGAAGUAAGUUUAGCAGGGUUUAAAUCUUUUCAGGCAGUGCACCACCCUUGUUUUUUUUUUUUUUUUUUAAUAUAAAUUUUUUUUUUUUUUUUUUUUUUUUUUUAAUCCAAAAAAAUACUUUCAAAGUUCAGUAAGUUUCUAAGCGUUUAAGCAGGUGGUAGUUAUUUAGGCUUGCACUUCACUCUAAAUGAUUAACUCUCAUCCGUUACCCAGUGUUGACAAGUUCCUGACAUGGGUUGCUCAAAUAAAUGGCCUCAUUUAAAGGUUGUGAAAACAUGAGGCUUAUUUCCUUUCCAGCCUUUUGCUUGUUAGACUGACUUAUGAAGCACUCAGCAGAGUCCCUUAGCCUGGGUGACUAAACGUAGAGAUAAUUUAAUAUUAUCAUCAUGUAAUAGUGCAACUCGCUGCAGUGCAGCUCAUAUUUGCAAUGUGCAAAAAUGUUGAAUUGAUAAGCGAGAUGUGUAGCUGUUACAUGUGUCUGUGUGUUUUUGCCACUGGCACUAGGACAUGACUUUAAAUGGACCGUUUUGGGGGGGGGGGUUCAAAAAGGCUUGGAUGUUCACAUUGGAAAAAAGAAAAACGGACAAAAAAACAACUGGAUGCCAAGACUUCUAAAUGAUGGACUGACAUAAUGUAGCAGCAGAGACAUGCAGUGCAUUGUGCGUCAGCGGGCUUUUUAUUUAUUUUUAUUUUUUUUGUAAUGACCAUGUUCUUGAGAUGCUGCACAGAUUUAACAGAAGAAUCUAAACCUUUGCAUUGUGGGCUGCACUUAAGUUUGAACUUUAGUUCAAGGGUUGGGCAAUAAAACGGGCUGCACAUGAUUUGGGAGCACUUCCUCGGUUAGGGCAGAGGUAUACAGACUGAAAGGGAGAUUUUAGUUUCUUAUUUUGGGGAAGCAUUGUGGUAGGGACAGGGGUAUUUUAACAUGGGGUCUGGGGAUUUCAUGGGUGCUGAUAACCAAAUGAUUUUUUUCUUUUGCAGCAGAAUAUUUAACCCCCUCCCCCCAAACACUAAAAGGCUUUUUUUUUUUUUUUUUUUGGCGGGGGGAUUAAUAGGGGCUUGCUUGAGACACUUUAGCCCUUCUGCUGCUUUUUGAAUAAGUUACGCAUUUUAUGCAACGUUACGGGGUGGGCGGAUGGGAGGGAUACAGUUUUGCCUCUUGAUUUAUAGAAUUUACUUAAUUUUACGUUGGAAAUUUAACAUCACCAACGUCCCCAUUUAAAAAAAUAAAAUAAAGAUAAAAUACAGGUGAGGGUUUUUUUUUUUUUUUUUAAUGGAUUGGCUUUGUCUACUCCGGCGUGUUGCUGUUUUCCCUAAUACAAUUAAGGUUUAUGGUUACCAAAUUCUGAGCAAAAGUUAUUUAUCCCAUAUUCUAGAAAUUACGCAACCUUUUCCCAGUGACAUUGCUUGAAUCCAAGCUUGUAUUCUCUUCUCUAUAGCACAUACCCCUUGGUGUGUACAUCAGCAGUCUAAUCCCAUUUGGUUUCUUUUGGGCGAUUUUUAAACAUCUGCCCAUAGAGAGGAGUAUACGAGUUACUGGGCUCUUUGGCAGCAGCCCAGUGUUUUUCAGUAACCACUUGCAGUGAAAAUCACCAUUCGUUCCUGAGAUGCUGUAAAGCGGCAUGUAAUUGGAUGUGUGGUGGUCCUUGCCGUGGGUGGUUGGGGUUUUGAUUUUAAUUUUGUUUUAUUUUCAUUUUAUUUGUAAGAAUGAGGUGGAGAACAUCUCGCCUGUUUAAGAAUCGUUUUCAUACUAAAUUGUCAUCUAAGUCCACUCAUUCUUAAAGGUGUUUUUUUUUUUUUUUUUUUUUUUUUGUAUCUGGGUGGGUGGGUAUUUUUUUUUAUUUUUUGGCUGCCCUGAUGUAUCUUUUUGUGACUCUAACACUAUCCACCUGUUCAGUGUUGGGAGUACAGGAAUACAUCAGUCUGGGUUGGUGGGAGGGAGGGAAAUGGAAAUAAUUGGUUUCAAAGAUUCUAAUAAACAAUUUGGGAGUUCAGGGUAAGGAAAAUAUGAUCUGUAAACUUUGCCCUUAAAUUUAUGACUUAUUUUUAUUUUUUUUCCAACUUUUGGCUACUGCAGAUUAAAAUGACCAACCAAAUUUAAGAAAUCAAAAUUGUUUUUUUUUUUGUUCUUUUUCAAUUGCCAUUUGUCUCAGUGAUGCUACAAUUUUAAAUAUUUGAGAUGUGUGAAAAAUGCAAUGGUUAACAUCUGAUGGUUUUUGUUUGAAAAUAAAGCUCACUGAAGUUCCA